CAAUUAUUAUGAGUAGAGUCAUUAACUACAUUUCCUUCUCCAGUGCUUUGUUUGAAGGAAUAGAAAUAUGGCUUCUAAACGGAAACAUAGCGAUGGAAACGGUAAAAUGCAGGAAAUGCACACAAUCAUUAAAAAACAUACCUUGGAUUCCGAUGAAGAAGACAGCGAUGAUUACGAAAAGGACGAUGUAAGUGACGUAGAAGGUGAGGAAGACGGCAUUUCCAAUAUACAGGAUGAAGUGAAAAUUACACCAUUUAAUAUGAGAGAAGAGCUUCAAGAGGGUCAUUUCGACAAAGAAGGCCAUUUCCAUUGGAACAAAGAAACGGAAAUUAAAGACAGUUGGUUGGACAACAUUGAUUGGGUAAAGGUAAAAACGGAAAAAACUUACCUAAAUAGUGAAGACUCGAAUGAAUCUGGGACACUGCCGCCAGCUUUUAAUGAAAUGAAAGUGUACCAACAAUUAAUGUCUUAUAUGUGUGACAAUGAAAAAGUUAAUGAAACUUUAAGGCGGUUGGGUAGAGGUCGCAAGAAGUUGAGUUCCGUUGAACGUAUAAAGCAAAGAAAAUCGUGUACUGACGAAGCGGCGGAAAAAAUAACUCAAUUUACUGAAUUGGCGAAUGAAAUUUUGACUCGAACAGGCAAUAUGGAUAUAUAUCAAAUGUCUUACAGACAAAUCCAAGCUAAAAUCAUAGAUAUGCCAAGUUCUAGUAAACAAGAAGUCUAUAACAGCAGUUUUGACAUGUAUUCCGAAGAUUUCAGUCGGAAGGAAAAACAGAAAUUGGAAGACUCCAAGCGCAAUAGCGGUGAUGUCGAGAAACAAAGUAAAAUUGCCGAGAGAUUACUUUGGGAAUUCAAGUGGAAGCAAGAUGACACUGUAUUGCAUGGGCCUUAUGAUACGAAACAAAUGCUACAAUGGUCACAAGACGGCUAUUUUAAGAAAGGUGUUUAUGUACGAAAAAUAGGGAACUCCGCAAAUUUCUACAACAGCAAACGUAUUGAUUUUGAUGUAUAUUUAUAAAUCAAACAAGAAAAUCUUUUCCGAACAUGUCCGCAGAAAUUAACAGUGUUUAUAUAUAAACUUUUUUUUUGGUAGAAAAAACAGAAUUUUCCCCCUUUUUUGUAAUGUUCACAUUUAAU